AUGCGCCUUUGGCAGCAAUCACACAAAUCACAGUAUGGCAGGGAAAGUCCAUCAGCGGGCAGCGAUGGAAAUUAUACCCCCUCGACACCUACAAGUCCUACACCAGUGCCGGCCUCCGGUCUCAUUAUCAUCCGUGUUGUUGAGGCACGCGGGAUCAGUUUGCCACCCGGUAUAAGACCACCUCAAAUGCCUCCACACUUUGCGUCUCCGACUCCAACCAACACGCGGGGUAAUAGGGAUAGUAUGCAAAGGAAACAGUGUUGGUGGUUACCUUAUGUAGUGCUGGAAUUUGACAAGAAUGAAGUUUUGAUCGACUCCCUAGGUGGCAACAUCUACCUUCGUAGAGCGACACAAACGGGUCAGCAUACUAAUGACAUGGGCAAUGAUGUAUUUUUGGGUGAUGUGAAAAUUACACCCAAAUUUAACGAGCCAAAUAAAUUGCACGAAGAAUGGUAUCCAUUAUCAGGUGGUUCGGGUAGUGUGCAUGUUCACCUUUGUUAUAAGAAGGAUCAUGCAAAUGUACCUUUGGCAAUCGAUGCAUUUGAUUUGUUAAAAGUCAUCGGCAAGGGUAGUUUUGGAAAGUUUUCCUUCCAAAGUCCGGAGAAAUUAUAUUUGGUUCUGGCCUUUGUCAAUGGUGGCGAGUUGUUCUACCAUCUUCAACGAGAAGGAAGAUUUGAUGAGGAGAGGGAUCUAAAGCCAGAGAACAUUCUUUUAGACUAUUCUGGCCAUAUCGCUUUAUGUGACUUUGGUCUUUGUAAGCUGAACAUGACUGAAUCGGAGACCACCAACACCUUCUGCGGGACACCAGAGUAUCUCGCCCCGGAACUAUUGUUGGGUCAGGGGUAUACUAAGACGGUGGAUUGGUGGACUCUGGGUGUCUUGUUAUAUGAAAUGUUGACUGGUUUACCGCCUUUUUAUGACGACAAUACAAACGAAAUGUACAGGAAAAUUUUACAAGAUGAACUAAGAUUUCCCGAGGAGGUUGGGAAUGAAGCCAGGCUUUUGUUAACAGGGCUGUUGACCAGAGAUCCUAACCAACGCCUUGGCAACAAUGGAGCACAAGAAAUCAAGGAUCAUCCUUUCUUCGCUUCUAUUGACUGGAAGAAGCUAAUUCAAAAGAAGGUUCAACCACCCUUCAAGCCCAGUGUGAAAUCCGCCAUCGACACCUCAAAUUUCGAUCCCGAAUUCACCUCGGAAACUCCACAGGAUUCAUUGGUCAAUGAUUCACAACUCUCUGAUACCAUACAACAACAAUUUUGGGGAUUCACUUUCAAUCAAGCUGAAGGGAUAAUGAGCGAGAGUAUGGCAAACUCAGUAGGCGACCUUUGA